UUACUUAUUUUUUCUUUCUUUUCUGCACAGAGACCCUGUGAGUGUCAACGACAGCGCAAACGCUGCUAUUGCUUCCGUCCACAUCGCAAUGAAAAUUGGCUAUUUUCACGCUACUCAACCGGUUGGAAAUGUGGCCUUCACGCCGAUUGGACUGAACUAACCUCUUGCGUCGAUCAAGAACUCGAUAAAAACGAAGGUGAAUCGGCGAAACGAAGAUAUUUCUAUAUAACACUACUACGAGAACCUAUAGCGCGCUAUAUGUCGGAAUACCGACAUGUUAAACGGGGAGCCACAUGGAAGGGCUCACGCCACUGGUGUCUGGGUAGACAGGCUACAGCACAAGAAUUGCCACCCUGUUAUAAGGGCAAAGAUUGGUUGGAUGUAACCAUAGAUGAAUUUGCGGGUUGUGAUUCAAAUUUAGCAGCAAAUCGACAAACUAGAAUGUUGGCCGAUUUAGCUUUAGUGGGUUGUUAUAAUAAAUCGGCCAUGCCAUCACACGAAAGAGAUCGUGUUAUGUUGGCCAGUGCUAAAAGAAAUCUAGCAGCCAUGGCUUAUUUUGGUUUAACAGAAUAUCAAAAGAUUUCACAAUAUAUCUUUGAAGAAACGUUUAAUUUAAGAUUUGCCAUACCCUUUGAACAGCACAAUACCACCUUAUCGGUAUCGGCCAUACAUAAUCUACGACCCGACCAAAGACGCCACAUAGAAGAAUUAAAUAGUUUAGACAUUGAAUUGUAUGCUUUUGCCAAAAAUUUAUUAUUUGAAAGAUUUGAACAUCUUAAAGCUAAAGACAACGAUUUUGAAAAACGUUUUGCCAAUUUAGGCAAUAUUUAUUAUAAACAGGGUGUUACCGAAUUCAAUUGGGACAGUAAUAUCGAUGAAACUGUUAGUACAGAACAUUGAAUAUUUUCAAAAAAAAAUAUAUAUUUAUAUAAAACACACACACAACAAAUUAUUUAAAAGAAAUCUCCAAAAUUUAAUGAAAGUGAACAAUUGUUUAAACCAAAAAUUAUUAUAAAUAAUCUAA